CCCGCCCGCCGUGCCGUAGGGCUGCUGCUGUUGUGACGGUGACGCGACAGGCUCGAGAGAUCCCGGACCCGACCGGCCCUCGCCCCCGCCGCGCCAUGAAGUGGAUGUUCAAGGAGGACCACGCGCUGGAGCACCGCUGCGUGGAGUCGGCCAAGAUCCGCGCCAAGUACCCGGACCGCGUCCCACAGGUGAUAGUUGAAAAGGUCUCCGGUUCUCAGAUUGUGGACAUUGACAAGAGGAAGUACCUGGUUCCAUCAGAUAUUACUGUUGCUCAGUUCAUGUGGAUCAUUAGAAAGAGGAUUCAGCUGCCAUCAGAAAAGGCAAUAUUCCUCUUUGUAGACAAGACUGUCCCCCAGUCCAGCUUGACUAUGGGGCAGCUUUAUGAGAAGGAGAAGGAUGAAGAUGGCUUCUUGUAUGUGGCCUACAGUGGAGAAAACACCUUUGGCAUCUGAAUGCAUCUCCUUCCCACAGUGUCUUGUAAAUAGCCUCUUGUUUGUGAUCAUGACCCAAAGGCAUAUCCGGCAUCUGCCACUGGGUUGAUUUAAUAUAUUGAUAGCUUUUUGUUUUAGCCUGGUAAUUUAUGGAAGUUUUGUUUCCCCACUGCACAUUGUACUCAUAGCUGUAAAUUCCAUAGUCUCCUUCCUGUGGGAGACAGUUAAUGGCAUUAUUUAAAUAUUGGAUGCAAGCUAAUAGAGAAAUUACAAAGAAGGAGAAUUUCAGUCUUUUAGAUCUUUGACUAAUAAUUACAGUUUUGUAGCAAUGGAAGCUUCUAGGUUAGUCUAAAGAUGCUGGUGUGUUGAGCUUGGUUAGUGUGUUCCUCUUGGUAAAUUUUGCUUGAGGAAGCAAUGAUUAAAAUUCCUUUCACCAAUAUACUUCAAUUCUACCAAUUCUGUUAGUUUUACUUUCAUAUGAAUAGCAUUCUGAGGACAAGUGUGUAAGGAGUGGUCUUGUAAGUAGGAUCACUCCUUGAAAGAGUGUAAACAAUAAAAUAGCCACACUUGUAAGACAGCAAGUGAUCUCAGAAUUCACCAGAUGGGUUAGGAAGACUUCCAAAAGAUUUCUGCAAACUCCCCUGCACAGUUAGAAUACACUCUCAGUCAGAGCCAUUGUCUGUCAGGCAGUUCCUCUGUGAAGUCUAUUGCCCAGUGCAACCAAUUUUGUAAAAUGGAGUGGGUAAGACCUCCCUUUGUAGAAGCCACACAGCUUCUUUGAUAUACAGCAGAUGCAGACAGUCUGUAGCUUCCUGGAUUCAUCUUUGGCACUUUUAUUUUUUUAACUGGUGUUACAAAAGGCUAAUUGAUUCUGUUACAAAUUAUAAACAAUCUCACAAUUAAGAGCUUAAGCCUUUCAGCUGAAUGCCUUUGGGCCACAGUGAUCUACUACUAUUAAAAUACUGUUCUUUGUCUUCUGCUCAUCUCCUAAAUACAGAGUUUUACAAUUUC